AUUUUCACAUAUUCUCCUUUCUUUUAAAUUAUUUUAACAAUUUUAUUGUUAUUUAGACAGAAAGCUAAAGCAAAAACACACAAUAAAAUAUAAUAUAAAAUAGACGCAUUGUUACACACUCACUCAUGAGACUCAGCUCUCACCUACUCGCUAGCCUACUCUAACCAACCAACAGCAACCGCCUCCAUUCUCGACGGACACCUCGAGGUUCUCAAACUUUCUCUCUCUUCUUCAAAGCCAAAAUCUUUGUAGUCCUCCUCUUCAUCUUCAUCAGAUCUCUGUCUCUCUCCGAAGAAGAAGAAGAUGCAGAGCGCCGCAUUUACUCUCUCCUCUUCUUCUCUCCCUCUUGGGAAGCCUCGACUCUCUUCCAACCCUACUCUUCUUCGGCCUAGGUUCGAUCCUAUACGCCUCUCUUUGAAGAAUAAUAACGAUCUCGCCACUUCCAACAAUGUCUCAGUGUCUUCUUCCUUGCCCCGCCGAUCUUGGUCCCUUUCUUCGUCCUCGUCUUCGUCUUCGGCGUUUAAGUUCAGGCCGUGGAGUUCUGUUCCUUCCGAUGGUGAAGCCAAUCGUUUUGAGGUUAGGGCCAGUCCGGUGCCGGAGAGCGCUGGAGAAGUCGCUGAAUCGAGUAGCUUGAAAAAAACUCUCGUGCUUGGGUUGUUAUUUGGUCUGUGGUACCUCUUCAAUAUUUAUUUUAACAUCUACAAUAAGCAGGUCUUGAAGGUGUUUCAUUUUCCAGCAACUGUGACACUAAUUCAGUUUGCUGUUGGAACUGUACUUGUUAUUCUCAUGUGGGGUCUCAAUCUCUAUAAAAGACCGAAGCUUACUGGUGCCCAGCUUCUAGCAAUAUUACCACUGGCUGCGGUUCAUACUUUGGGAAACCUUUUUACUAAUAUGAGUCUUGGAAAAGUGGCUGUUUCAUUCACUCACACAAUUAAAGCUAUGGAGCCCUUCUUUUCAGUUAUCCUUUCAGCCAUGUUUUUAGGGGAGAUGCCUACUAUUUGGGUGGUUGGUUCUUUGUUGCCAAUUGUUGGUGGAGUGGCAUUGGCAUCAGUUACUGAGGCCUCUUUUAAUUGGGCUGGAUUUUGGAGUGCAAUGGCUUCCAAUUUGACCAAUCAAUCUCGUAAUGUUCUUAGCAAGAAGGUCAUGAUUAAGAAAGAGGACUCCAUGGACAACAUUACUCUCUUCUCAAUAAUAACUGUGAUGUCCUUCUUCUUGCUGGCCCCUGCGACUAUUUUCAUGGAGGGUGUCAAAUUUUCACCAGCAUACCUACAAGCUGCUGGAUUAGACGUUAAACUUCUAUGCACGAGGUCCCUUAUUGCUGCUCUCUGCUUCCAUGCUUAUCAGCAGGUCUCUUAUAUGAUAUUGCAGAGGGUAUCUCCUGUCACUCACUCAGUUGGAAAUUGUGUGAAGCGGGUGGUGGUCAUUGUGAGCUCUGUUAUUUUCUUCCAAUCACCCGUCUCGCUGAUCAACUCCCUUGGCACUGGGGUGGCGCUCUCAGGAGUUUUCCUCUACUCGAGGGUGAAGCGCAUUAAGCCAAAGCCCAAGACUGCUUGAAAGUCUUCCGUAGAAAUUUUGCUGGGUACCGUUGAUGAGAUGGUAGAUGAAAAAACUCCCAGAUUGGCUCGUUGAACAAAUUGUUUGUAGGUCAGGCAAGAACUGUGAUUGUUUUUUGUUUUUUUUUUUAAUCUUUUUGGUGUUACUUGUGUUGUUUUAUUAUCAGGAUACAGUUUCAUUCUUUUCGUGAAGGUGAGUAAAUGGUGGGAGUAAAAAAAAUAAAAUUUCUGCUGUCGUUUUUGGGGUUAGAUUGAAAUGUAUCAAAUGUAGUUUAAAUUCCAAGCAAUUGUUUUUCUUUUCAA